UAACCAGUCUAGCAACCACAGGGUUGGUGUUCUCUAGAAACUCAUGCUCACGUCAUCUCCCUGUUACAACCCAGAGCUGGUGAUAUGACUGAACAAUCACAACGUAGAUGAUUUGAUGAUUGUCACUCACACCCCGUCGCUCUGCAUGACAACUAACUCAUGGAUCUCCUCACCUGCAUCAAUGAGUACUGCGGUUCCCAGUUUUUAUGCGUGUGGGAAUAGAUAAAAAGGAAUACCGUUAGCCAUUGAUUUUUUUUUAAUUCCUCUGCUGCGAAUCCCUGAAAAUAUUGCACGCUAAUGGAAAUCUAAUACACAUAAAGACAGAACAAAGAGAGAUUGAGAGUGGUGUAAUCUGCAGUCAGAGAAGGCCUCUGGAGAGCUGAGGAGUUGCUUUUCACUGCAAACGUUCACUCAGGCUGCCAGAGACGAGCUGACUAAGAAUGGAAAGUCAGUCAUAGUCAACAGUGAUUGGGUGGCUUAGAGAGGCAGAGGCCUUCCAGCUAUAUGCAUUAGUUACAUGUACAAGUGUGUCUCAAAGGAAAAGCGGAUGAAUGGGAUGUACAGCGUAAAAAGGUUGUUGGACAUCUGCUUUGAAUAACAAUCAUUUGAAAACAGGAAUGUGGAAUGUAGUGUUGUCACACUUUCUAAUAUAGCAGGAGAGCUGCUGUGCCUUGACAUUAGAGUGGGGGUUUGAAGAGAGGAAAUAAAUCCUAAUACAUACUUAGUCAUCAAAUCCAUCCAUUCUUAAUAAGGCUUUGGACCAGACAAAAUAGUGAAGGUGUAUGAAACGCAUUAAUAACAGAGGAGAGCUCAGUUUAAAGAGAAGGUACGCAGUCUGGAUUAAUAAGGCUUUACUGUGAUCCCAUGAUCCUUUUGUACUCCGUGUCACCUCUCGUGAGGGCCCCCAAAUACCCCACUAUGCUCCCGUCAAUGUAAAUGUGACUUCUCUUCAGAGAUGGGUUUCAGAGGACUUUGGUACAGCAAGGUUACCAUCUUUGCUCAUAUACAUACUGUUCCCAUUGUCAGAGACCUCUCCAUUCUCAUGCAUGUUAUUGACCAUCAAUUACACACUGUCCUUUGUGCCAGAAAUGAGACCGAAACAAUUAAGUAGGUUAGCAAGGGGUUAGUUUGAAUGCAAAGUGGACCUUUACCAGUAUGGGACCCCCUAAUCCCUUUGACAGGGGAAUACCUCUAAAGCCACCCAGAUAAAAAAGGUUUAACCUCUUUCCCAUAAUACCUUUGUUUUGUCACUUUGCUGCAGGGAUGUAAUCUCUAUCAACUGGAGAAUUUAUGUGUAAAAUGUUGUUUAAGUUGUGUCUUUGGCUCAGAGGAUGCACAGCUACACAAACAGGCAUCUGUGAUAAUGAUGUUACCACGCAAUCGGCCUGGUAUCCACGAUGGUCACCAUAGCAACAGUGAUUUCCAUCCACCCACAUGAUACAAAUAAGAGCCGGCUUGCAAGGAGGCAAAUCGGCAUUACUGACUACAAGUUAUAAAACUCACUCUGAGACAGCGGAUGUUACGAUGCUAACAUACGUAGCCGGUUCAGCGUGCUAUGAACCUGAGCGGCUUUUGUGUGUGGGUUGGCAUGUUCUCUUCAUAUUUUUCCAGUUUGAUCUAAGGAAACAGAAAAAACUGAAGCAAAAAAAGUAAAACAAAAAAAAGGAUUUUUUGUUUAUUUCUUAACUAUGUCUCUCUGUAUUGUCCCUCCCAUGGUCUCUUCUGUACUAAGGCUUCUUGGAGUUUCUUCUUGUCUUGUUAGAAAGCUUGCACUUUACAUGUAGGCCGGUAAAGUCCAUUGAUACAUUGCAUGUGAAAGGGGCUUUAAAACACUUCUCUCUCUGGUCUCUGGUCUGUUCCGCCGGUUCGCUAUGAUGCAAGUUGACCCUCUAGUGGAAGAGAUUGGAUGUGUAUGCCAAAGCAUUCGGAAACCAAAUCAAAUCUUAUCAUGUGUUCGUCUAAUUUUCCCAAUGUAGUUUGGUGUGACUAGCGGGAUAACAAGGAUUCAUAGUGUUUACUUUUGUUGAAUUGUUUGCAGAAUAUCUGCAUAUCUCUUUCAGGUGGCAACAUGUUCUAUCAACAGUCUAUUGUACAGCUGCAUUAGGUUAAACCCUACUGUCAUUACAGGCAAGUACUGAGACAAUAAAGUGCUUUUUAGCGUCUAAUCAGGAUUCUAAAACCGUUACAGCAGUUAUUUAUUGUAACUCAUUUGUAGAAUGAUAUGGAAGGGCACGUAUGUUAGUAACAUGAAGUUUCGAUGAGUUUCCUUCAGUGCUGCAGCAGUCACACCGAUCCUGACGGGUCACAUUCUUUGGUUGCGUACAGCUGAUGCUGGCUGGACAGAGAAGGCGAACUGAAACGUUCAAAACAUGGUUUAAAUAACUCAAUUCAUGAUGUGAUCCUCUCAGAAUAAAAUUCAAGGAGUGUCAGUUGGUACUGUUAAAGAGACAAAUAAAAUAGAACAAAGAGUGAAACUGUGUUACGAAAUCUCCUUUUAGGAAAAUAAGUGAGAUUGGUUUGUUAUUGGAUUCGACUCAAAAGGGGCAGUUGACGCGUGGGGGGGAAACAUAUGUCGUCCCCGUCUGGCAAACUGCUAGUUCCUCCCUCACUGAGAGCAAAACCCUCGACUAGAUCACCAUCUUUGCUGUUCUGGCUCCGAAAUGUUGGAAUGAGCUCUCUGAUGACAUCAGGACCGCAGAGAGCCUUCACACUAAAGACACACCUCUUCAGACUCUACCUUAACUAAAAACACUAACAAAUCGUAGCACUUAAGUUGGACUUGUUAUCUAUAGCAAGUUGAAAAUAGGCUUAUUUGUGAUGGAAUGUGAGUAUCCACAGUUAAAGCACAUUUCAACACACACCAGUGGUUCCACUUCCUAGUCACUCCCAAGCCCAACCUGUUUGACCUGUCUGAUCCGCAGGGUUACCAGUAGACUAGAUUGAACCGAGGACUGAAGAGGAAAGAGCUGUUUUCUUGUUCAGGAUCUUGGGUCCAAAUAGAAGGAGGAGAGCGGAAGGCCAUGGAGGCAGUCAGCACAGAGGACAUUGAGUCCCUUAUGGACGACAUGGACUACUUACCCGGACACUUUCACCUGGACCUCAACCUCAACUGUGAACCUGUCGGGCCUUUGAGGCUGAGACUCAGGGACACUUACCUAAAACAAGAGAGCCUGCAAGGCGAGCUUGAGGCUGAAGUGGGAUAUUUACAGUACGCUGUCCGAAAUCUGUUGGGUUUGCUGGCUUUUCACCUGGAACACUUGGACACGGCUGAGGAGAUUUUCAGAAGCAUUUGUAAAGAAGACCCCGGUAACCUUAAUGCCUGGGCCAACCUGGGCUACGUGUACGACAAGCUGGGGAGGGAGCUGGAUGCGGGGGAGUGUGUGGAGAAGGUGUCCCACCUCAUGGGGUUGGACGCUGGAGAGGCCUUCCAGGACGAGGCCAGGCUCCUGGCGGCACGCUGCCUGGCCGAGCAGGCGUACGUCCAUCCUCACGACGUGGAGCUGGACAGUGAGGACGACCUCAGAGAGAGACUGACUGCAGCAUUGGCACUUUACAACAGGGCCCUGCGCUACGGGGGUCAGCUGGUUCAAAAAGAGGAAAAACGAAGCUGGUAUUUUAAAAUGGCCACCAUCUAUUUAAGACUGGAUGACAUAAUAAAGACCGAAGCAGACUCUGAAUACUCCAGACUUUCUCACUAUAACAAAGGACUGCAGCUUCUCAAAGAAGCACUAGAAUUGGAGAAAACACCACUCAAAGCUCUCACUUGGUGUUACAUCGGUAUCAUGCUGGAGAGAAAGGAAGAGUUCUCCACCGUGCCCAUGUCCAUACAUGACUGUGGCUACUCGGCUACUGAUCCUUUAUCCUGCUAUGGAACUGCCAUAAAGCUGGCCAGUGAUGAUGCAUUCACCCUGAACCUUCUGGCAAAGGUCUUCUUUCUGUUGGGCAAACAUGAGAUGGCAAUGGGGAUCUGCAACAUGGCCCUAAACGUUCUACCAGACCCAGAGCUCAACUGGCAGGCUUACUGCACCCGUGCAAAGAUCAAUAUGAUGCUCUACAUCAGGGACUUGGAGAAGGUCAAACGUGGACAAGGUGGAGUCCCAGACCGACAAAAAUUAACUGAGGCCAGAAAAGACUUGGACAAGGUCCUGAGUGCACGUCAAUGUCUGCGGACUCACCUGGAAAUGGCAACGGUGUUCUACUAUAUGGGCGUAGACGCACUCCAGGAGAGUCUGUUGGUGGACGAGGGGGCAGUGAACAGCGCGUUGGUGAGUGUGUCCCGCGCCCUACAGUUCGAGCAGGGCGACAGCCUGCCGGACCUCCACGUGCUCAGAGGACGCUGCCUCCGGCUGAAGGGCGAGGAGCAGAACGCUGCAGACUGCUUCAAACGGGCAGUGGAGUUAGAGAGGCCGGGGGGCACGGACACAACGGCCCUGCGCUGCCUCCUGCAGGUGCUCUUGACUUUGUUCAUGCAGGGAGGCCCUGACCAAAGCCUCGUAAUGACCCAACUUGAGCUGUGGGUGCAAAAGGCGGAGGAGCGGUACCCCGAGGACGUCGUGAAGUUCGUGCUGAGGUGUCUCUACAGGACUCGCACGGCCGAGGUCACAGAGUUAUCCAGGGCUCUGAUCAGAACAGGCAGACUGGACAUAGUGAGGCGGCUGCUGGAAACAGUGGUGCCUAAACAAAGUAAAAAGAGACCAAAGGCAAGGUCUUUGACCUUUGCAUGAAGCAACAUUUGCAUAUGGGGCUUUAAUACACUCUCGGCCUUGUGACCUAUUUUUACAUUAUUUGAACAACAGCUUAGGUUACAAAGUGCACAUUCAAACCUACAGUUUGUAAAAAUGAGCUAAGUUAGUACAAUUUGUGAUAGUUUACAUGUAAAAAGAAAAAAUAAUAAUAAUAAAAACAAAAACAUCAGACAGAGGGGGAGAGAGAAUGGGAUUGGGGUCGAUGGGGCUUGCUGAGCUCAAGUGUUAAAGGGUCAUUCAAUUCACGUUCAUCUGAAGGCAAAUCCUUUCCAUUACAUAGAUGUUGUUUAUACACUCGUGUGUCGCGGGCACUCAAGGAGCAACCAGCACCUUGUGAGCGCUUUUUUGCAGGCUAUUAUUUAAAAGCAGGUAUUUAUCCCUUUAUUCCCUGUUUGGAAAUUUCCGAAGAAUAAUGUUGAAAAUUGCAUACAGGUCAGUGUUAAUUGCUUUGUAAUGUGUUAUGAAUCUUUGCCAAAAUGGUUUGGUCAUUGGACAUUCCCAAAAUACAUGCCAACGAUUUACUGCUCAAGCCCCACAACCUCUCCAACAUGUAGCAUCCCCGUCAGCAAAGUGUGCCUUCUGCUUUGGUGAAUUAAAGAAACAAAUAACACACGCAAAUUCCCGCCAUAUAUGAGAUAUAUAUUAAAAAAGUGGGAAAAUAUUUCCGCUGGAAUUUACAGAGCAGUUCUCAUUUGGUAUUGAGAGGUUACCAACUCUUUCCCAUUGUAUAAUCCUUAAAACUGUUUAAGGCCAUUCCUUCUUCUUCUUUUGGGAGUUUUAAUUUUAAAUUUAAAUUUAAUUCUGGGUUUUUUCACCAUGCCAAAUAAAUCUUGAAAUUAUUUAAUUAUAGAAUUGUUUUGGUGGAAUAUCUGUAGGAUUUGCUUCAAGUAAGAACAGACAUCAUACAUUCAUUUUUGUUAAGAGGGGGGUGUAAUUUAUCUCUGUAUAUUUAACUCAUGUACUGUAUAUUGCGCUAUCCGAUCGUUGUUAUUGCAGCUUUAGUGCCAGUAGUUUUGUUAAUUUUGAUGUGGAGUCAUUAUAUUGCUUUUUUGUGAAUAUUCUUUUUUUAUCUAAAAAUAAAUUAAUGAAUUUCUUGACAGAACUUUACACGGUCAAAUAACAAUGGUGUACUGUAUAUAAACUGUAUGUUUUAUCAUUAAGUCGGACGGUUGGAUCUGCAGAGUAACCACCAUUUAAAGCAAGCUUUUCAAUUUCUGUUAAGGGGGGUGUAUCUUAUCUCUGUUGUUGAUGUUGAGAUAUUUUUUAGGUGUAUUUCAGAGAGUUCUGGACCCAGUUAAGGUGACAUUCCUCUCUAAUGUUUUUAGGAAAGUUGAAAGUGAAGAUUAUGAAGAUCAAGUUUAUAUUCUGCAUACCUACCAAAUGUUUUUAGUCAGAAAAGUAGUUGGAGGAGGCACCAAUAAGUCAACAUAUCAUCGGCAUACAGGGCCAUAUUGUGGUCUGGUUUGUUUCUACAAAUGCCUGAGCUCCCCCGUCCUGUUCCACGCUCUACUGUUACGGUUUCUGAGAGAUAGCCAUUUAUUUUAUUCCACUGUGGUUUAGCAUAUAGUGUACGAAUAAUUGAUGUGCAUCCCAAAUCGUUCAAGGACUUUUUCCAAGAAGAGGCCAAGUCACUGAAUCAAAGGCCUUCUCAGCAUCCAGACCGAGUACGAAGGCUCAUUCAGUUCAUUCUGUCGGAUAUGGUUUGUGCAGCGAUCGCUUGAUGUCAUCGUGGGUUUGUCUUUGUGAAAUAAAGCCAGUCUGGUCGUUGUGCACAAGUUGA